UAUCAGACACGUACGUCUUUAGGUAGCGCUAAUGAAGCACUUCAUCUGGUGAACAUUAUCGUAACCGUCACCACGAAACUUUUAAAGGUCUACAAACUUACCCCACAUCAAGAUAUCAAUGAAAUCUUAAGCGUCUUGAUUCAAACAUGAAAAAGCUGCACAAAACGUUAAGUUUUUAACGCAAACAAACGAAUUUAAAAUAAGACGCCAUCUUCUUGUUCUUGGGAUAACAUUUAACACGACAUCGAAAACACCGAUUUGUGAACACUUCCCCGCCGGUUUUUGUUAGUUUAAGCGUUGAAUUUAACAACAAAUUCAAAAUUUACGUGGUCGCGUCCCGAGAUCCUACACGCAAACGCCGAUUUAAAUUCGUACGAAAAGGAGAAGGGACGCCAUAACUGUUUGUAGUUUAAUUAUUACGAUUAAACACCGAUUUACGUAUGAUGAACCGAAACGAACUAUGUCCCAGAAUUAUUCCCAUCUUUUGUUUGACUUUUUUAAAGUUUAUUUUAAUAUCGCACUUCGUAAAUUAGCAGCAAACCGAAAAAACACAACACGCUUGGAACGGCAGCAACGACAUAGUUGGUCACGUGACGAAGAUAGUGGUCAUGACGUCACAGCUGCAAGACUCCCUACGAUUCGCCCGUUUCAAAAAAUGGUCCAAUCAAAUGCAUCCGGCUUUUUCUGUUUACUAGUUAUUCCCGGAAUUCUAAAGCGAUGGCAUAUUUACUUCCCAAGAUCUAAAAAUUGUUGCGAUGCAAAACGUUUUCACACAGAAUUGGCGAAAAUAACUUCUAUGAUUCCCCUUUAUAUUUUUAUGAAUGGGAAGAUCGUGGAUUUAUUACUUAAUAAUAAUCGUAAGAUGUUUGUGCGCUGUGACCCCCAGUGCUACGUUCUUGAGGCUCUCCCUUAAAAAGUUGAAUUUUCCUUUUGUAAUGCGAGUAUUUUGGGGGGUUAAGGUCAGGGGAAAGCGACGUAAGUUCUGGAAGUGCAUGGUGCAUCUGCAAGUCAGUAGAUCCAGUCAUAGUAGUUCCACUGUACUUAUAACCUCCAAUUAACUCAAAAGUCAAUUGUCCAUUUACAUGAAGUUUUUGCAAUUAAACCACUUUAAAUCUAAUUUUUCUCUUCCUUUCGUUCGAUAUCUUUCACAAAUGACCGCAAAGAACACCGCCGCCGUUUGCCAAUUCACUGCCACAUCUAACAAAGAAGCAAAUUUAAAGAUCGUCACGAGACUAGUGUCGGAGGCUGCAGAAAAGGCCAAGGUCAUUUUUCUACCCGAAGCGUGUGAUUAUGUUGGAACCAGCAUUACGGAAACAAAACAACUGGCAGAACCGUUGGAUGGGAAAUUAAUGUCUCAGUACAAGCUUCUAGCUCAGAGACACAACGUAUGGUUGUCAAUCGGGGGAUUUCAUGAGAGGCAACAAGUUAACGGACGGGAUACAUUGCAUAACACACAUGUUUUAAUUAACUCGGAGGGUGUAAUCACAGGGACUUAUAGGAAAGUGCACUUAUUUGAUGUUAGCCUUCCAGAGAGUAAUAUAAAUCUACAGGAAUCUAGUUAUAUAACGGCGGGUACUCAAAUUGGAGCACCAGUCAGUACUCCCAUCGGAUCCGUAGGUCUCAUGAUUUGUUACGAUUUACGUUUUCCAGAAUUGAGCUUAAUUUUACGGAAAAAUGGAGGAGACGUUCUAACAUUCCCAUCCGCAUUUACUGUUACAACCGGUGAAGCACACUGGAAAACUUUGCUAAAGUCACGUGCCAUCGAAAAUCAGUGCUAUGUUAUCGCGGCCGCCCAAUACGGUGUACAUAACCGGAAGAGAAUUUCGUUUGGAAAUUCAUUGAUUGUUGAUCCCUGGGGUAAUAUAAUUGCCGAAUGUCCUGCUUAUUCAAAGGAGAGAGCAACAGAUGAAAGUAUAGCCUAUGCAAAUAUCAAUGUUGAGUUUUUGAAAGGGGUUCGGCAGAAAAUGCCCGUUUUAGAUCACCGUAGGGACGACCUGUAUCGGUUAUCCUUAAAUAUAAAUAAAUAUGAAAGCGAUGUGCCUAAUUUCAUGUUUAGCGAUAAGGUAAUACCACCAAGCACAGUUUUUUACAUAAGCAAAUAUUGUUUUGCAUUCACCAAUAUCAGAUGUGUGGUACCAGGUCAUGUCUUGGUUGCAUCCUUGAGGCAAGCAAAGCGCCUUGAGAAUUUAUACCCUGAAGAAAUCGCCGACUUCUUUCAGACAGUUGUAAAAAUACAACAAAUGGUUGAGCGAGCUUAUGGUUCGCAUUCUUCGACGAUUUGCGUACAAGAUGGGCCAGAGGCCGGCCAGACUAUUCCGCACAUUCACUGCCACAUAUUGCCGCGAAAAAUGGGUGAUUUUGAACAAAAUGAUGAUAUUUAUCUGGAGUUAGCAAAGCACGACCGAGAUCAUGGGAAGCCAAUUAGAGAUGUUGAAGAAAUGACUACAGAAGCUAACAUGUUAAAAAAACUCAUUGUACAAUGAAAGUUGGGAACCAAAUAAAUAUUUUUACUAUA